CGAGCUGGACUCGGGACUGGGGAUCCCGCCUAAUUAAGUCCAUUGAACAAUACUUUCUUCAGCUAAAGGUAUAUAAGACAAGAGGAGACGCAACAACACUGUCGGCAUUUGCUCAGACCACAAGCACAGACGGGAGAAGGGAGAUCUCGCCAGAUAGGAGAGCAUCAUGGCUGCGAUGACAACUGAAGUCACGGCGGUGGAGGGAACGACAAGUUUCCAUGACAACGUAACCCACCUGUACGAUUCGUGGGAGGAUUUAUUCAUCCACCCUCACUGGAAGAGCUUCCCCCCAAUCCCUGAUGUGUGGCACUACACCAUCGGCGUCUACAUCACCGCUGUCGGCAUCACCGGCGUCAUCGGUAACCUCAUUGUCAUCUACAUCUUCAGCAAGACCAAGGGCCUGAGGACCCCGUCCAACAUGUUCGUCGUCAACCUGGCGUUAUCUGACCUCAUCUUCUCGGCAGUCAACGGAUUCCCCCUCCUCUCUAUCUCCGCCUUCAACAAGAGAUGGAUGUUCGGAAAGAUAGCCUGUGAACUCUACGGUCUCACGGGUGGCAUAUUCGGCUUGAUGUCCAUCAACACGUUGGCAAUGAUCUCCAUUGACCGGUAUUUCGUCAUCACUCGUCCCUUCUCCGCCAUGAGGAACAUGACGCAACGUCGCGCCUUCCUCAUGAUCGUAGGCGUGUGGAUCUGGUCGAUAAUCUGGGCUGUCCCACCAAUCUUCGGCUGGGGCGCAUACAUCCCAGAGGGCUUCCAGACAUCCUGCACUUUCGACUACCUCACUAGGGGCGACCACUUCACCUCCUACUUCAUCUGCCUCUACGUCUGCGGCUUCUGCGUGCCAGUCCUCAUCAUUCUUUUCUGCUACACGUUCAUCAUCCGUGCAGUUUCCAACCACAGCAAAGAGAUGGUCAAGAUGGGCAAGAACCUGGGCGCUAACGACCCCCGCAACUCACAGAGUGAUAACGAGACCAGCGCCGAGAUGAAGAUCGCCAAGGUCAGUCUGAUGAUCUUCUGCAUGUUCAUGCUGUCUUGGACGCCAUAUGCAACCGUGGGCCUGAUCGCACAGUUCGGCAACCCGAUGCUGGUUACUCCGUAUGUGUCGGAGAUCCCCGUCAUGUUCGCCAAGGCAUCUGCUAUGCACAACCCAAUCAUCUACGCCUUGAGCCAUCCCAAGUUCCGGAAUGCGCUGAACAAGCUGUUCCCUUGGAUGAUGUGCUGUUGCCAACAGACGGAGAAGGAACUUGCCCAGAGCAUGGCUAACAGGAAACACACCGGUGCGACCGGAAGCACCAACAGCAACGCCUACGGUGGCAGCGUCAGCGACAUGUCCAGCUGCGUAAGCAAUAUCAGCGACUCUGCCAUCGAAAUGAGCCAGCGUGGAAACAGCAAACGAAUCAGGGACCGCGACAUCCAGGAGACCGUCCUAGCAGGCCAGGAGGCGAAUGGCGCCCUCAUCCGUGACAUCCUUCAAGCCUUCGUCGCAGUCAGUGGACCAGGAAGUCGUCCCCAGGUACCUCUCGCCUACAUGGCCCCGCAGUACUAUCAAUACGGUGUAAACCAGGAGGGAGGGGCCCCAGCCCCAGCCGCAGCUCCAGCCCCUGCCCCAGUAGCAGGCGCACCUGCACCCCAGCUUCCUGACAUCUACUCCAUCACCCAGAGUGCCGCUCUCGGCGUCCCCGCAGCAGCAGCCCCAAGUCCCGCAGUGACUGGGGACCAGCCCGCGGCGCCAGCCAAGGUCGACGUCAGCAACGAAGCCCCUGCAGACAGCGAGAACAAAACCGCAGUAACCAUUGACACAAAAGCUGAAGUGACGGGUCACGACAACCAAACAUUCGAGAAAGAGUGAACAGAUCGAGGUAUCUAGACACUGGCUUCCGAGGGUAGAGAUAAGCUAUCAUGUACGACGAACAGCAAGAGUCUGAUUGGUCCUUCAAAUAUACCCAAUGACCUUGCAAGACGCGCGAAUAAAGUGCGCAUGGGACUCUGAAAGCAAAUGCCUUCCAACUGAUUGGUUACUUUGUCUCCGCCCGAAAUUACAGCUACGAUUUUGACAAGCAACGUUACAAACAAGAAGUGAAAAGCAUGAGGUUGAGACAGAGUAAGCAAUCCUAAAACAACGUGUCGUAAAUGAUUCCAUAUUGUCGUAGCACCCUUGUUGUAGGUCUAACCCAUGAUACACCGUAUAACGUAGUCGGCUCAUCCACGGUCAAGGUCACCAAAGCACGUACGUUGCCUCGCAGCAACACCGUCAACAAUCACACAAUGGUGUCAUGUGCCAGUACAAGCAGUUGUAGCCUCUUCAAAAUUAUGUUUAGAAAUGUUUAUUAAAUUAAAUUUUCCUCUUAAACUACAGUGUACCUGAUUGUGGAUAAGCCGAAUUUGUCAACCAUACAUGGCCUUUUAUAAUUUACACUAAACAUGUGCAAUCGUUUUCGUUUAAUUUUCGCCAACGAGAUGGAUCUGUGACUGACGCAGAUAAAGAGGACAUGCCUGCAGGAAGGGACCGGAGUAAGCGCAUUAACUGCCGGACUGAGGCAUGACAACCUCCACAGACGCAAACAACAUCGUCUGACAAACCUCGCCAGCACAGGCGGCGCUCGUUCAAUACAAUUUCCGCUUUUGUUACAUUUCCUGAAUUUAUUUUUUUUCAAUUUACUUAUUUGUUUGUUUUUAUUUUGUAACAAUGUCACUUUGUAUGUUUUUUACAGAAAGAAAGGAUAUUAUCAAAGAGAAUGUGUUCAUGAAAGGUUGUGUGAAACAACGGGUCGUUGAGAAUUGUGUAAUAAACCCUUUCACAAAUCUGC